CAACGUGAAUAUAAAUAUUUUUUGUCCUAAAAUGAAAGUGAUGCAAUAUUUGUGAAACUUCCCUAAAAACAAGUGAUGCGAUAUUAAAAGAACAGAGGAAGUAAUUAAAUGACGCAAAUUCCUUUUUUACUCCCUAAGUUAGGGUCCUUGUGGACUCAACCUAGUAGAGGAUGAGAAAUCCUCGAAAAUUACUCAGUAUAUUCAGUUUGACAGUCAGACUCAAAUACAGCACUAAGCCGAAUUGCCAUAGCUACUUAUCAUGCUCCUCUGCGAACUUGUAUACACGCUGCGCAAUGAUGCAGUCCAGUGUCAAAUCGCUUCGCUCAAUCUGCUGCUUCUCUCAGAUUAUCAGAACAUCUUUCAACACUUUAUCUUCUUCAUCUUCUUCAUACUCUACUCAACCAUUGAACACCUCCUCAAUUACCGUGCUAACCAAUCUCUGCUCUAAGGGACGCAUAAAAGAAGCAUUUGAGAGCUUCAAAUCUGAAAUAUGGUCAGACCCAAAUCUAUUUUCUCAUUUAAUUCAUGGUUGUAUUUCCAAAAAUUCGAUUUCAUGGGGAAAACAGCUUCAUGCUAUUACAAUUACUUCUGGAUGUUAUUUAGACAAAUUCGUUAAUAAUCAUUUGUUGAAUAUGUAUGGAAAACUUGGGGAAUUGGAGACUGUUUUAGUGCUGUAUAAUGUGAUGCAUAGGAAGAAUGUGAUGUCUAGUAACAUUUUGAUUAAUGGGUAUUUGCAAAGUGAUGAUUUGGGGGGUGCACAAAAGGUGUUUGAUGAAAUGCCUGAACGAAAUGUUGCGACUUGGAAUGCGAUGGUCACGGGGAUGAUACAGUAUGAGCAUAAUGAGGAGGGGUUGGGUUUGUUUUCGAGGAUGCAUUUGUUGGGGUUUUCGCCGGAUGAGUUUACGUUGGGUAGUGUGUUUCGAGGAUGUGCUGGUUUGAGAGCUUUGUUUUGUGGGAGGGAGGUUCAUGUUUAUGCCAUCAAAAGUGGUCAUGGUCUGAGCUUGGUUGUUGGUAGUGCAUUGGCGAAUAUGUAUAUGAGGUGUAGGAGUUUGGAGGAAGGGGAGAGAGUAAUUCAAGGGAUGCCUAUUCAUAAUGUGAUUGCUUGUAAUACUCUAAUUGCCGGAAGAGCACAAAAUGGGUGCCCUGAGGGUGCUUUAGAACAGUAUAAUAUAAUGAAAAAGGCGGGGUUUCAACCCGAUAAAAUUACAUUUGUUAGUGUCCUUAGUUCAUGUUCUGAAUUGGGGACCCUGGGACAAGGCCUUCAGAUACAUGCUGAGGUGAUAAAGCGUGGGGUUACUUCUGUAGUUCCUCUGGUUAGUUCAUUGAUAAGCAUGUAUUCUAGAUGCGGAUGCUUAGAAGAAUCAAUCAAAGCUUUCAUGCAGUGUAAAGAUGCAGAUGUUGUCCUGUGGAGCUCAAUGAUCUCUGCUUAUGGGUUCCAUGGCAAAGGAGGAGAAGCCAUUGAGCUUUUCAAGCAUAUGGAACGAGAAGGACUAGAGGCAAACAAUGUUACCUUUCUGAGCCUGUUAUAUGCUUGUAGUCAUUGUGGACUGAAGGAUGAAGGACUUGAAUAUCUUGACCUAAUGGUAAAGAAAUAUGGAUUAAAACCUAGGUUAGAGCAUUACACCUGUGCUGUUGAUCUACUUGAGCGUUCUGGUUGUCUCUUGCAAGCAGAAGAUAUGAUCAGAUCAAUGCCCAGUAAAGCAGAUGCUGUUAUAUGGAAAACUUUGUUAUCUGCCUGUAAAACCCAUAAAAAUACUGAAAUGGCUAAGAGGAUCGCUGAAGAGGUCCUCAAACUUGAUCCUCUGGAUUCCGCUUCCUAUGUUAUGCUUGCGAACAUCCAGGCCUCUGCAAAGAGGUGGGAUGAAGUUUCUACUGUCAGAAAAGCCAUGAGGGAUAGACGAAUUAAGAAGGAACCGGGUGUUAGUUGGUUUGAGUUCAAGAAUGAAGUACACCAAUUCACCAUGGGAGCAAAGUACCAUCCUAGGUCCAUAGAGAUUUAUCUAUAUCUAAAAGAACUAAUGUCAGAUAUAAAGAAAUGUGGGUAUGUUCCAGAUACUGGAUCUGUUUUGCAAGACAUGGAUACAGAAGUGAAGGAGCAAAAUUUGGCUCAGCAUAGUGAGAAGUUGGCCAUUGCAUUUGCUCUAAUGAUCACUCCUCCUGGUUUUCCUAUAAGGGUGAUGAAGAAUCUGCGUGUUUGUGAUGAUUGUCACGUGGCUAUCAAGUACAUAUCUAGGAUAAAGGACAGGGAGAUUAUAGUGCGUGAUACUAGUAGGUUUCAUCAUUUCAAAUAUGGUGAAUGUUCUUGCAGUGAUUAUUGGUAGGAUAAUUGACAGCAAGAGGUUGGCUGUUCAUGCAAAUUUGUUCAAGCGCUAUCAAAACGGCACCCAAACACGUAGAAAUUUUGUUGGAAGGACUACAGAUAGCUGGAAAAGGUGAAAAUUAAACAAACAAAAUCCGAACACCUGUAGGAAUGUUUGUUGGGUGGAUCUGGAGAGACUGCAAAGUGCAUAUAGCUGGAAAAGGUGAAAAUCUAUAUAAACAGCACCCAAACAUGAGAAAUUUCGUUGGAUGGAUUUCGGCAGUGUACAUAUAUCUGGGAAAGGGUAACAUUCAAAGCUUGACUGCAGCUGCAUAAUCGUGAUAAAUAUCAAGCACAUGCUUGGCUCCUUUCCCCGCCAUGUCAAACCUUCUAUGAAACAAGACAUUUGAUACAACAAGAUGAUUGAAGUAUUGGCAAAAACUGGUUAUCUUACUCAGGAGUUCAUUUUAAGCCUGUUGCAAUUUGGAGUGUCGUAUUCCAGGCCAUGCUGCUUUGUCUCGUAAAUCCUCAAUAUAUGCAUUCAGAUGGAUCACGUUAUUGACUAAGGAAUUUCAUUUCAAUACCAUUUUGAGAAUUUGGGACUCACUUUUGAGUCAUUUUUCUGUUAUUCAGGUCAUGCUUCCGUGCGUAUGUUGUGCAAUGCAGAAACACACAGAGAGAGUAUAAUGCUAAUUAGCGAUUUUGCAACCGACUUGUAUCUUCUACAACAAUAUCCCAAGGUUAACAUCGGAUAACUUCUUCAGGCACGAAAUAUCAUUCCGGACAGCUCUACCGUCCAUGUUUACUUAGAUUAAUCACCUUGUAAACAUGGUAAACAGAACCAACUGCUGCUUGAAUUUCUUUUUUUAAUCAAACAGAUAUCAGCUAAGCACCAUUAUCAGAAGAGAACAUUGAUUUCUCCUGCUUGAUAAGCUUCCAUUUUCUUUCUUUCAUCAUUUUUAUAUGUAUGGGUUGUAUUAGUUGUAUGUAAUAAGGGACUGACCUAGAGACUAUAGAUGUUAAAUUAUCUAAUUGUACCAAGUGGCGGAGCCAGGAUUUUUACACUGUUAGGGCACCGUACUAUGCAAUCGUGAAAUAAUGUUCUUAAUAUCAAGAUUCAUAAUUACUUAGCAAUCGUAUUUGUCAAA